AACAGUUCGUUAUUUUUGAACGUAUCGCUUGCAUGUUAUCUACUGCCACAAGCCUGCAAUAAGUUAUGUUUAGUGUAGUUGUGUUAAAGUGAAAUAUAAUACAAUAACAGUUACAUUGAUUAUUUUUGCACAUGGUUUGACCAUCUUCGUUGUAACGAGUUUUCCGAAGAAGUGCAAUGGAAAAGCAAUCAACCUAUUUUUACUUCUCAUAUGGUAGUAACAUGCUGAAAGAGAGGAUCCAAAUAAAUGACAUUAAUGCCAUACCAUAUGCUGCAGCCAGAUUAGAUGAUUAUCGCCUUGAUUUUAACUAUAGAAGCCUUCGCUGGAUGGGAGCGGUUGCCACAAUUGUUGAAUCUCCUGGCUGCCAUGUGUGGGGUGUUGUGUGGAUUAAAGAAAACAAUACUAUUACAGCUCUAGACAAUCAAGAAGGUGUUCAUCAAGAAAUAUAUAGGCCUUUAUCUGUCCAAGUUGUGACUCUUGAGGGAGAGACCCUGAUCUGCCGAUGUUACCAACAGACAAGAGAGUGGGAAAUAGAUAGAAGACCUUCAGCAGUUUACGUAGCAAUUUUCAUCGUUCUUCAUUCCUUUCUAUGGGCAUGCCUUUUGUUUCUUUUUUGGUUCAGUGAUAACAGUUAAUGUGGCGUCCAUCCCGGGAUAAUGGUCAAAUUUAGUGCUUAAGAUCUUUUGCGCACUAUUGUAUUUAAUGAAUAAGUGGUCUUGCUGGAGUAGCCUUAGGGCCAUUGCCUCGUCCAACGUAUCAAGUUGUGAACGAGGAAGCUUUAUCGUACAGCCCUGUUGAUUGUUGACGACGCAGACAAGGUCAAGAUUGUAAUCAUAAUCAACUUGCGGCCAUGAUUGCUCUAAAACUGUUUUUGCCUUUUUGCCAUCAAAUACAAGCAAAUGAAUGUCA